UUGGCGGGAAAGUGGCGGCGGCGCGGCAUGGCGGCUGCGGCGUCCGAGUCGCUGUCCUCAGGUGGCCCCGGGGCCGUACGGCUGCCUCGGUCGCCGCCACUCAAGGUGCUGGCAGGGCAGCUGCGGCGCCACGCGGAGGGCGGCCCGGGCGCGUGGCGGCUGUCGCGGGCGGCCGUGGGCCGCGCGCCGCUGGAGCUGGCGGCCGUGUGGAUGCAGGGCACCGUGCUGGCGGCGGAAGGCGGCCAGGCGCGGCUGCGCGACCCGAGCGGGGCCUUCUCCGUGCGCGGCCUGGAGCGGGUACCACGCGGCCGGCCCUGCCUUCUUCCAGGAAAGUAUGUGAUGGUGAUGGGGGUGGUUCAGGCCUGUAGUCCUGAGCCCUGCCUGCAGGCCGUGAAGAUGACGGAUCUUUCUGACAAUCCUGUGCACGAAAGCAUGUGGGAACUGGAGGUGGAAGACUUGCAUAGGAGCAUCCCCUAGGGCUGGCACCCUCUCAGAUCAGCUUUCCCUCGGAAGUAAUUUACCCCCGUGUGGGGCUCAGGGACAUCGAAAAAGUUUCUUGAAGAGAUUUGCUUUGUUUGAGCUAGACGUCCAGACCCUGGGAGCCGAACUUCAGUUGACUCAGCCACUCCUCUGCCCAGUGCUUUGCUUGCUGAUGAGAAGCAGAUGCUCUGGUUGUUUCCCACCCCCUUUUGUCAUUUGUGUGUGUUCAUUUUUCUCUCUCUCUAAAGCACAUGGGAAAAUGUUGUCGUUUCCUGAUUUGUCGAGUGAUAACACUUCCUCCUUGACUCUCCCCUGCUGUUUCAGUUUUUGCCAGUGGGAUUAAAGUGCAGUUGUGUGCAUGAGGACAGAAUGGCCUUGUGGCCUGCAUCUACCAGGGACAGAUACCAGCAGGCAGCCUCUUGCUGACAGGACUCUCUCUGCUUCAAUGUUUAUUCCUCAUUGUCUGUUUUCCUUAGAUCCAGAAGGUGGGAACAGCUGUUGAGAAUGGUUGGAAUAUUCUCAGAAUUCUUUGUUGAAGUUAAAAAUUCAAAAUGGAAGGAGACUUUUCAAGCCUUCUGCUUCAAAACUGUUGCAGAGAGACAGCCAGGGUGGGCACAGCCUGCAGGCUCUCAGUCCUGAUCACCUCUCCGAAUAAAAUGCCUUUCCGAUG